AUGGCCACGCUGUUCUCCCUGGGUUUUGCCGCCCCAACCCCUAUCCAGGCGUACUGCUGGCCCGUGGCCGGUGGUGGACGCGAUGUGGUGGGCAUUGCAAAGACGGGCAGCGGGAAGACUCUAGCAUUUCUUCUGCCGCCCUUCACCACCUUUUUGGGAAGUCGACCUGGAUAUGGACCCAACAUGUUAGUUAUGGCGCCCACGCGUGAAUUGGCAUGUCAGAUUCAGCUCGAAGCAGAACGCUUUGGCAAACGCGUAGGUGGAACCAAGGGAACCUCGAAAGCGGUGUUGGAAUGCAUUUACUCGGUCUGCGUCUACGGUGGCGCGCCCAGGGGGCCCCAGCUUCGUGAGCUGCGCGCGGGAGCACAUCUGGUUGUAGGAACUCCUGGUCGGUUGAACGACUACCUGGAGGGUGGAGAAUUGACACUUGAGAACUGCAAGAAUCUGGUUUUGGAUGAGGUGCCCAGGGCCCAGGGCGCCCAGGGCGGGGAAAUCUGUCGCCCAACCCUAGCCCCACGACCUCGCAUUCGCCAGGCAGAUCGCAUGUUAGACAUGGGUUUCGAGCCACAGAUUCGCACCUUGAUCAAAGCCAUUCCGAGGGAUCGGCAGACCAUGAUGUUCAGCGCUACGUGGCCAAGAGAGGUGAGAAAUUUGGCGCAGGACUACCUGCAUCGACCGGUUUACAUCCAGAUUGGUUCCCACGAGGCAACGGCCAACAAGGACAUCACACAAGAAGUGGUGAUCUGCAGUGGUCAGAGAGAGAAGUCAGAGAACCUCUUAGAAAUUUUGACGAAGAUUGACCGCGCUGAGCGCGUGAUAGUCUUCACCAACACCAAGAAGCUUUGCGAAUCCUUAGCCUCGGAACUGUGGAGCAGCCGAAUCCAUUGUGUGACCAUCCAUGGCGACAAGGAGCAACGAGAUCGGGAUCAGGCCCUCCAUAGCUUCAAGACGGGCCGAACGCCUGUGAUGCUGGCCACAGACGUGGCGGCACGAGGCUUGGACAUCAAGGGCGUGAAGUUGGUCGUAAACUACGACGUGGCACCAUGCCCAGACGACCACAUCCACCGUAUUGGCCGCACGGGCCGCGCCGGUGUGCCCGGCCGGGCAGUGACCUUUUUGGAUCACCGGGAAAGCAAGGAAGCACGGGAGGAGAAAGCAGGCCAGAGGGUCCCUGAGAACUUGCGUGAGCUCGCAGAUGCGGGGAACCCGGGACGUGUCUCGGCUUUGACAAGGGAGAAAAUGGCGACCAUCUGUUUCUUCCGUGACUCCGGUCCCCCGUCGCGACCGCGAAACGAAUUCGCCAUGAACCAAAACGGCUCCAGUGGCGAGUCCUUCGGAGAGUCCUUCUGGUCUGAGUCGACACUGGGCCGGGAACUGAUUGGUUGGAUCAGACCGCCCACACACGUCCUGACCCAGUCUCGAAAGGUGCAGGACCCCUGGAAAGGUGAGAAGAAAAAGGGGAAGGAGCAGGAAAAAGAAAAGAAAAGGACCUGGGAGCAGACCGUCAAACUCCAUCUGCGUCCCUUCGUGCCGCACCGCCACAAGGCAGACGCACCAUGCGAGCGUCGUGUUUGGAAGGAGAUCUUCCAUCCCCCGGCCCAGUCCCAUCUGUUUGCAAGGAGGCAAGUCUACCAAGCCUGGUGCAAGGAGAUUGAGGAUGCGAAGCCGCGCGAUGAUCCGAGCAAAAUCGUGGUGAAGAUUUCUCCCACGCUCGACAUCAUUGACACCAUGAAUGUGCCGCGUGAAACUGUGCCGAUCCACAUCAAGCGGCGUUUCGUGCCUAUGGCACGUGUCUAUGCUGAUGAUGAUUGGCCACUCACUGAACAGGCGAAGGGAUGCGUCAAGGGAGUGGGAAGGAUGUUGCGCAACCUUGCGGACAACCUGAUGGAUUUCAAGCACACCAAGGUCACCGGUAGCGACAAGUUGCUGCUGGACCAUGUCCGACGUUCCUGCGGAUCCUGGAGGGCCCAGCGGACCUGGUCCGACGUGGCCGCAGAGGCGGCCAGCGAUGCCCUAGCGCGAACCAUGGAUGCCAUGGCCAUGGCACGGCGCUAG